GAUCCAAAUCCACUUGCUCAUAAAUAACCAAUUAGCUUCUGUCUUACUUCCAGUGGCUCACCUUUAGGGUUUUAUGCCAAAAUUUUCCCUGACCUGAUUACUCUGCAUAUGAAGCCAAUGAAAAUCUCCAUCCUAAUUUUCCUACUAUUUCUCGCCAUCCAAACGGUCCUUUCCUGGAAGAAAGAGGAGUUCCGGAACUGCAAUCAGACUCCCUUCUGCAAGCGCGCUCGAUCCCGCAAGCCCGGCUCCUGCAACCUGAUAGCUCAGGACGUCACCAUCUCACAUGGUGAACUCACUGCCAAGCUCCUUCCUAAAAUUCCACAAGGUCAAGAUCAAGAUCAAGCCAAGCCGUUGAUUCUUUCCAUCUCAGUCUACCAGAAUGGAAUUAUGCGACUUAAGAUUGACGAGGAUGCGUCUCCCAAGAAGCGGUUUGAAGUCUCCGAUGUUAUUAUCUCAGAAUUUGAGAGCAAGAAGCUCUGGUUACAGAGAGUUUCAGAUGAGAGGAGCGAUGGUGAUGCGGACUUGUCUUCAGUGGUCUUCUUGUCUGAUGGCUACGAGGCGGUGCUCAGGCACGAUCCAUUCGAGGUUUACGUUAGGGGUGAACAAGGUAACCGACGCAUAGUUUCUUUAAAUUCCAACGGGUUGUUUGAUUUUGAGCAGUUGAGAGAUAAAAAAGAGGGUGAAGAUUGGGAGGAAAGUUUUAGAGGACACACUGAUACAAGGCCGUAUGGUCCACAGUCGGUUAGUUUCGAUGUCUCUUUCUAUGGAUCUGAUUUUGUUUAUGGAAUACCUGAGCAUGCUACUAGUUUUGCGCUGAAACCCACUAGAGGACCUGGGGUUGAGGAAUCUGAACCGUAUAGAUUGUUUAACUUGGAUGUGUUUGAGUAUAUUCAUGAUUCACCAUUUGGGCUUUAUGGAUCUAUUCCCUUCAUGGUUUCUCAUGGGAAAUCGGGAAAAAGUUCUGGAUUUUUUUGGCUGAAUGCUGCAGAGAUGCAGAUUGAUGUGUUAGCAAGUGGAUGGGAUGCUGAGCCUCAGAUUUCAAUGCCCACAUCACAAAGUAGGAUUGAUACUUUUUGGAUGAGUGAGGCUGGGAUUGUGGAUGUGUUCUUUUUUGUCGGACCAGGGCCAAAGGAUGUUAUAAGACAGUACACUAGUGUGACAGGUACCCCAUCUAUGCCACAGUUGUUUGCCACAGCUUAUCAUCAAUGUAGGUGGAAUUACAGGGAUGAGGAGGAUGUAGAGAAUGUUGAUCUUAAGUUUGAUGAGAAUGAUAUUCCAUAUGAUGUUUUAUGGCUUGAUAUUGAACAUACUGAUGGCAAGAGGUAUUUUACAUGGGAUAAAUUGUUAUUCCCGCAUCCAGAAGAGAUGCAAAGGAAGUUGGCAGCAAAAGGUAGACAUAUGGUUACAAUUGUGGAUCCGCAUAUUAAGAGAGAUGAGUCAUUUUCCUUGCACAAAGAGGCAACCCAGAAGGGGUACUAUGUCAAGGAUGCAUCAGGCAAGGAUUUUGACGGGUGGUGUUGGCCUGGUUCUUCAUCUUAUCCAGAUAUGGUAAAUCCAGAGAUAAGGACAUGGUGGGGUGAGAAGUUCUUCUAUGAAAAUUAUGUUGGUUCAACUCCUUCAUUAUACAUUUGGAAUGACAUGAAUGAGCCUUCUGUCUUUAAUGGACCAGAGGUGACAAUGCCUAGAGAUGCUUUACAUCUUGGGACUGUUGAAAGCCGGGAGUUACACAAUGCCUAUGGAUAUUACUUUCACAUGGCGACAGCCGAUGGACUUGUAAAGCGUGAAGAUGGAAAGGACAGGCCUUUUGUUUUGUCAAGAGCAUUCUUUGCUGGAAGUCAAAGGUAUGGAGCAGUCUGGACGGGUGAUAACACAGCAGAUUGGGAUCAGCUAAGGGUCUCAGUUUCGAUGAUUUUGACACUUGGUCUUACUGCAGUGACAUUUUCCGGUGCAGAUGUUGGUGGCUUUUUUGGCAAUCCUGAACCUGAGUUAUUAGUUCGUUGGUAUCAACUAGGUGCUUACUAUCCUUUCUUUAGGGCUCAUGCUCACCAGGACACUAAAAGACGAGAGCCCUGGUUAUUUGGUCAGCGAAAUAUGGAACUUAUAAGAGAUGCCAUACGUGGUCGUUACAUGUGGCUUCCAUAUUUUUACACAUUAUUUAGAGAAGCAAACGUUUCUGGUGUUCCUGUUGUGCGUCCUUUAUGGAUGGAGUUCCCGACUGAUGAAGCAACUUUCAGCAAUGAUGAAGCUUUCAUGGUUGGGAAUAGUCUUUUGGUACAAGGGGUCUAUACUGAGCGGGCUAAAUAUGCAUCAGUGUAUUUACCUGGAAAAGAAUCAUGGUAUGACAUUAGAACUGGAACUGCAUAUGAGGGAGGCACUACCCACAAGCUUGAAGUAUCAGAAGAUAGCAUUCCUGCUUUCCAAAGGGCUGGAACCAUUCUACCAAGAAAAGAUCGGUUCCGACGGAGCUCCACACAGAUGGUCCAUGAUCCUUAUACACUGGUGAUAGCCCUGAACAGCUCCCAAACAGCCGAAGGUGAACUCUAUCUAGAUGACGGGAAGAGCUUUGACUUUAAGCAGGGGGCUUAUAUCCAACGCCACUUUGUGUUCUCAAAUGGGCAGCUUACAUCUUCAAAUAUUGUACCCACUCGUGGUGAAUCUAGUUUUUCUACUGACUGCAUUAUCGAAAGGAUUAUUCUCCUUGGACAUUUGCCGGGACCUAAAAUUGCUCUUAUUGAACCUGGAAAUCAGAAGGCAGAAAUUGAAAUGGGACCACUUCGACUGGGAGAACAUGCUGGCCCCGCUGCUGUAACGAUUCGCAAGCCUGGAGUGAGGAUUGCAGAUGAUUGGACCAUAAAAAUUUUGUAAGAGCAUAUAACUUUCUCAAAUUUCUGUUCUGUGGAAAGAGUAAAAAACUCUUUGUUCUUGGCAAGUAGUUCGCUAUAAUUGCAAGAUGGCAAAGUACAAGUACAAAACCUACUUUUAUAAAUCAUUUUGACAGAAGUCUGGUUUGGUUGAUUUGUGUCUCCUCGUUCUCAUGAUUCUUUAACUUAAUACUUCUAGUAGUUGUUAAGAGUAUGCCGAGCCAAUUAUCAUGGCUUAAUAAACUAAUUAGGGUCUU